UCAUGCAGACGGGAAAAUGACUUUCAGUGGAGGCUCUGCGCUGAAUUAUCAACACGAGCUGUCGGUCAACAGUUCCUACGGCACUUUUGCUUUUUCUAGCGAGUCUCGAGUUCCUGCGUUUGUUGCUUCUCGUCCGACUUUGUACCACUUCAGGAACUCCCGUCCUGCGCUGUAGAAUCGCAGUGCAUGUGUGGCCUGUCCAAAACCCAUUUGUAGCAGCCGUGCGACCCGCUUGCCUCAGGUUUCUCUGUGCGUCUGUCAAGGAGGAAGUGAUUUCACGUGCCGUAUCCUGAAUAUUUUCUUCGCAUACAGCUGCGUCGUGCGACUCUGGCCUCUGCAUUGUCUGUCCUUGCUGUGAGGCGCCAGGAACGAUCGCUCGGACGGCAUUGCCUUCGGCACAAUCUCGAAGGGGAAUUGCUUGCGGAAGCACCCAGGAAGACGGAAGUUCUUGCAGUAUGCGAUUGGCAGGAGGCGGGUAACGCAUUGAAGAAAAAACCACCAGGGGUCGCGUUUUCAGCGGUUCUGCGCCGAACUCGGAUUGGCCAACUCAUUCGAAAGGUCGCGACUUUCUUUUGAGCCUGCCGUGAAAGCGAAAGGCAGCCUGUCCAGUUGAAUCGCAGAAAACCGCAGUGACAGAGAGAAGCUGUCACUCCGACUGUGGCAAGCCUUUUAUUUCAACCGACAGGGACCCUAUCAACUUGCCCAGUCUUGAGCGGAAUCUGUCGAUUUUUUGUUCCUUCAAACUGGCCUCCAGACUUCAAAACAACGCGAGAGCGCAUAUGAAGGACAGUCUUUUUGGUGGAACCACCAUCUGCUUUCCAUCCCGUCACACCAUACCAUUCGCUUUCUGAGGAACUGAUCUAUUUCACGAUGAGCGCAGCUGCCCCCAAAGCGACGUCGGCCCCGGCAACGAGUGGCGUUGUCAGCGGAGGUCCGAGCUACUUGCCUCUCGCCCUGGUGGACAAGUGUAUCGGAAGUCGGAUGUGGAUUAUCAUGAAAGGUGACAAGGAGUUAGCCGGGACCCUCCGAGGUUUCGAUGACUUCGUCAACAUGGUGUUGGACGACGUCACUGAGUACACAUUCACUCCAACGGGUGUGAAGAAAACCAAGCUGCAAAGCAUUCUUCUGAACGGCAACAGCAUCACAAUGCUCGUUCCGGGCGGUGAUCCCGAAGAGGCACAGCAAGCAGAGUCUGUGGCCGAGACAGGUGAAGCAAAAACCUCGGAGUAGGACGCGAGAGCUGCAGUCGAGUGUGCGGCAUGUCGCCUUGUUUGGUGUUCUUUUAAUAUCCUGUUUCUUUUCUCUCGAUUCUCUGACGUUGAUUUUCCGGCGAAAACGCACGUCGGAAUAACCACUCUCUUCUAUUCAGUUUCUCGUCUGGCUUCAGGAACUUUGUCGGGUGGUUGGAACUUUGUCCCGCGAUCUUCACCGGAAAUACUUUUGGACGGUUC